AUGUCAGAAGGCUAUACAAAGAUCAAAGUAAACAUUGGCGGUUGUAAAAAUUGUCUAUCUACAGUUCACCAUAUCAUUGGAGUAUACUGCGGUAUAGAGAAAUAUGUAUUUAAUUUUGAAGAAAAUCUUCUGUCAAUACAUCCAUUGCAUGCUAAACGAGUAAUAAAUCUGUUGAGAUUUGCUGGAUGGGACACUGACGAAUGUACUGAUAAUCCUGAUCUGUCAGUUUGCAGUCAACCCAAUGAAGGUGAAGAAAGUGAUGACUUGUAUUUCCUGCCUCAUUUGGAAGAUGAGGUAAAGGCAGACUGUUCGCCACUGUGUAAGAAAAAACGUGUUGACAAUGAUCUGUCCGCUUCAACACAUCAAAAUCCUUGUACAACAGCUUCAAAAUUGAUAGCGAUUCUUCCACAUGAAGUUGAAUGUUGUCGAUUACAUUUGGUACCAGGUUGGUGUGUACUGGUUAAAUCAGGUCCUUAUCUAAGUAAAAUUAAUCAAUACUUGCAAACAUUUCUACCACUGUCAGAGAAAUUUAAUCAUAUUAAACGGAUAGACAGUUGUCGAUCGAAUGGAAGUGGAUCAAUUUAUGUCUUCUUACAGAUAGCUAAACCAAGCUAUACGUGGUUAGACGCCAGUCAGACUAUAACCUCUAUGAUUGAUUCAUUGAAUAUCAACUCAUCUGAUGAUAAGAAUAAUGAUAGAAAUAAUGACAAUAUAAUCACCACUACCCCAACCCCAUGUUGGUUACCACUUCAUGCCCCACUGACACGAAAGCAUCAAACACUUUAUUCUUGCUCAAAGACUUCAUCAGAAGGCGCAAAUAGUUUAUCAUUGGUGAAUUCAUCAUCAUCAUCUCGUCAACCGAUAGUUAUGGGUUGGCCGUGUACACUACGUGCUUCUCCUGAGUUGGAAGAAUUACUAAUGGUUGGAAAAGAUACAUUAACUUCAUCGUAUUUUACAAAAUCAGAGUUGGAAAGACAUUCAUCAUGGCUUAAACGUGUCACCAUGUUAUCAGAAAAAUCAACAAAUUUAUCUAACACCCACCCACAAUCAUGUGCAGGUUUUGAAGGCCCACCAUGUGCAGCAAUCAUUGUCAAUCCAGAAACCAAUGAGGCUUUAGCUGAAUCCACUACAUCUACAGCAACAGUUGACAGUUCAUGUUUAGAUCAUGCUGUAUUACUUGUUGUAUCAGCUGUUGCUAAUUUGAAGAAAAAACCAGAGAAAGAAUAUUCUGAAAUCUAUUUGUGUACAGGUUUAGAUGCCUAUGUAUCACUUGAACCUUGUUUAAUGUGUGGUAUGGCAUUGUUGCACAAUCGUAUCCGACGUGUUUUUUGUUGUCAACGGCUUAAAGAAAGAGGUGCAUUCACAAAUGCAAGUCGUCUUCAUGUCCAGGAACAAUUGAAUCAUCGCUUUCGAGUAUUUGCUCCACCAACAUAGACAUCUACGGGAUUUGCCUAUAUGUACAUAACAAUAUUACAUACGACGUAAAUAUAUAUAUAUAU